AUGAGCUCCGCGCUACCUCCACACGUGGUGGACUUGGCAGUACGUAUCUCCACCAAACUGACUUCCGAGCAGGUGGUGAAGUUGGAGAAUCUGCUGAUGGAGCACGAGGAUGUCUUCAGCCGACAUGCCCAAGACCUUGGCUGCACGUCGCUACUCCAGUACUCCAUCAAUACCGCAGACAGUUUGACGAUAAAACAGCCACAUUGCUGUGUCCUGCUGGCCAAGAGAAAAGAGAUGCAGCGCAUGGUAGAGGAGAUGGCUGCGCAGGGGAUAGUGGAGCGUUCUGACAGCCCAUGGUCGUCGCUGGUAGUCCUGGUAAACAAGAAGGACGGCACCAAGCGCUUCUGUAGAUUACAGGGCGCUGAAUAA